CUCUACAAGGACGUCAUGAUGGACAAUCAGCCGCCCCUCACAUCACCGGAUGGAUCCAGUCAUGGGAACCCACCAGAGAGAUGUCCCCGUCCUCUGUAUUCCCGGGAUUCCACACAGGAAGGUCACACCAUCCCUCACCAUCAUCAGAGUGGAAUCCUCGGGGAUGAUAAUAUUGAUGUUAAAGAAGAGUAUAAAGAGGAGGAUGAGGAGUAUGGAGUGAUGGAGGAGUUUUCAGAAGGACACAAGGAUAUGAUGGAGCCACUUAAUACCAGGAACCCACCAGAGAGAUGUCCCCGUCCUCUGUAUUCCCGGGAUUCCACACAGGAAGGUCACACCAUCCCUCACCAUUACAAGAGUGGAGAUCCAAUCGAUAUAGAAUUUGAGGUGAAAGCAGAAGAAGAAGAGGCGUAUGUGAGGGAUGAUCAGCAGUCUAUGGAGGAGGAUGGAAUAACGGGGACAUUUAUAGAGGAGGACACUCCUACAGAGAUCAGCACAGUCCAUGGCCGGGAGAUGAGGAAAACCUCCGAGGAUUGUCUCACUUUGUCUCCAGACUGGAAAGUAGAAGAUGAGGACAUCACACAGUAUAGUCCAGGAGAAAACCCGGCUCCCUCCAAUGUCCAUCCGGCACCACCCAGUGUAGAUGGACCAUCGGAUUCCUCGUAUCCUGAGGAACCUCAGACUGUGCGGGACCGGGCCGGCCUUCCAACAGAGAAGAGCUACUCCUGUACUGAGUGCGGGAAGGGUUUCCAAUGUAAAUCCAAUCUUAAUAGGCAUAAAAGAUCUCACACGGGAGAGAAGCCGUAUUCCUGUCCUGAGUGCGGGAAAUGUUUUUCACAUAAAUUCUCUCUUUACAAACAUCAGAGAUCUCACACGGGGGAGAAGCCUUAUUCCUGUCCUGAGUGUGGGAAAUGUUUUUCACGUAAAUCCUAUCUUAACAGACAUCAGAGAUCUCACACGGGGGAAAAGCCAUAUUCCUGUCCUGAGUGCGGGGAAUGUUUUUCAGUGAAGUCCAGACUUUUCAUACAUCAGAGAUAUCACACAGGGGAGAAGCCAUAUUCUUGUCCUGAGUGC